GUCUAAUAUAAAAAGAAUCGAGGUUUCUGUCAAACAAUUGUGCAAAUAUUUUUUGUUAUCUCGUAAUUGGAAUUGUGUCUUUAGCAUUCAACGGAAUUAACCAGACAUAUCUCUUUUCAUUGAGAUAAAUCCAAUCGUAAAUUUUGAAGAAACAGACCUCCAUUGGAAGUGAUCAAGAUAUUUAUAUUUAUUAGGGGAAAGUUAUGCUAAUAUAACAAAUUUAAUUGUAUUAAGAAAAAUCGAAUUGUAAAUUUGACUUGAUAUAUUGUCAAUAUUAUGGCUCUCCAACAUUCAAUAAAUACAGGCAAUAGCAAUUUGGAUUCUAAGAUCAUUGAAUGGCUGCAAUGGAAUAAGGAUCCAAAGGCAAAAGAUGAGAUAUUUAAAUAUUUAAAUAAUGGAGAUAUUAAAAUAUUAUCAAAAUUGUUCCUCCAAAGACUUGAAUUUGGGACCGCAGGUCUUAGAGGCCGUAUGGGACCUGGUUAUAGCCAAAUGAAUGAUUUAGUUAUUGUGCAGACUGGUCAAGGAUUAACAAAAUAUUUGAUGGAUACCAUAUUUGAUGUGUCACAGAAAGGCAUUGUUAUAGGAUAUGAUGGGCGUUAUAACAGUAAAAGGUUUGCUAAAUUAACUGCUGCAAUUUUCAUAGCUAAUAGCAUUAAAGUUUAUUUGUUUUCCAAAAUCUGUCCCACACCAUUUAUACCUUUUACCAUAUUGAAAUACAAAUGCGCAGCUGGGAUCAUGGUCACUGCGUCUCAUAAUCCAAAAGAUGAUAAUGGAUAUAAAGUGUAUUGGCAAAAUGGAGCACAGAUUAUUUCACCUCAUGAUAAAAAAAUUCAAAGUUAUAUUCUUAACAAUCUUGAACCACUUGAAUCCUCAUGGAAUGUGAAUGAAAUCUAUAGUAGUUCUUAUUAUAAAGAUCCAAGAGAUGAUAUUGUGCGACUUUAUUAUCAAGAUUUAAAGGAAACAGUUCUAUAUCCUGAAGUUAAUAAAAAUACUUCAUUGAAAUUUACAUAUACUGCUCUGCAUGGUGUCGGAUAUGAAUAUAUGAUUGCUGCAUUUGAGGCAGCAAACUUCAAGCCAUUUAUAACUGUAGAGGAACAGAAAUUGCCAGAUCCAGAAUUUUCAACAGUAAAGUUUCCAAAUCCAGAAGAAGGGAGUGCUCUUGAUCUUAGUAUAAAGUUAGCAAAUGAAAGCGAUUCGUCUAUAGUACUUGCUAAUGAUCCAGAUGCUGACAGACUUGCAUGUGCGAUGAAAACAAAAAACGGGGAAUGGCAUGUCUUCUCUGGAAAUGAACUUGGUGCAUUAUUAGGUUGGUGGAUGAUCCACACUUAUCAAGUUUUACACCCUGAUGUUGAUAUGAGUAAUACAUAUAUGCUAGCAUCAACUGUUUCCAGCAAAAUCUUAGCUUCAAUGGCCAAGAAAGAAGGUUUUAAUUUUGAGGAAACUUUAACAGGUUUCAAGUGGAUGGGUAACAAAGCUAUUGAGUUGAUGAAGAAAAAUAAGAAAAUUUUAUUUGCGUAUGAAGAAGCUAUAGGUUUUAUGUGUGGCUCCAAAGUCCUAGAUAAAGAUGGUAUCAGCGCUGGUGUACAUGUGGCUGAAUUAGCAGCUUAUCUUGAAACAAUAGAUUUAACCUUACUAGACAAAUUGCAAGAAAUAUAUCAAGAGUAUGGUCAUCAUAUCUGUGACAAUUCUUAUUGGAUAUGUCACGACUCGGAUGUUAUUAAAGCGAUAUUUGAACGACUGAGGAAUUAUUAUAACAAACCAAAUACAUAUCCAACCGGAAUUCUGGAAGGCAAAUAUACAAUAAUCGGUGUUCGGGAUUUAACAACAGGAUAUGACAAUACAAAACCUAAUGAUAAAGCAGUCCUGCCUGUAUCAAAAUCUAGCCAGAUGAUUACAUUUACAUUCAAAAAUGGAUUAGUCACCACUUUAAGAACUAGUGGCACAGAGCCUAAAAUAAAAUAUUACAAUGAAUUAUGCGGAUUACCUGGAGAAGAUUUAACUAAACUGAAGAACAUCCUCAAAGAGAUGGUAUCAGCUAUUGUCAUAGAAUUUCUUCAACCUGAAAUUAAUGGACUUAUUGCUCGUGAAGAAUAAAUUAUAAUAAUAAUGUGUUAUGAUAACAUGUUACAUAUGGAUUGAUUUAUACAAAUCCUUAGAAUGCAAUGUCAAAAUAGGUCAGGUAUGUUAUUCUAUGAAUCUUGUGCUGUAAAUUGUUUCAAAUAUGUUCAAUGUAAAAUUUUAUUCAAACUUUGAAUAUUACUAUUAUAUUAUAAGUUUAUAGUGCAUUUGCGAUGCAGUAAUUUAAUUAAGGAAUGAAGGAAUAAUCAAUUUUAUAUUUUUGUUAAAAUUGUUGAAGAAAAAUUAAGUCAUACAACCCAAGUUACAUUCAUGUAUUUUGUCUAUUUUUAUAAUUAUCAUAUCAAUUUACAAAAAUAAUCCAUAGAAAAAUAAUCAAAAUACUAUUUUUAUAUUUAAUUUUGCAAAAAUUAAUAAAAAAAAUCAGAAUCAAUUAAAAAACAAGCAAUAAAUAAUAAUUUAAUAAUUAUAGUUUUAACAAUGCAGCAAAAUUUAAUUAUUAAUGAUUAUAAUAAGUAAUAAACCGAUGUAAAUCAUUAAAAA